GUGUGUGUGUGUGUGUGACUAUGAACUGGAUCGGCCCAGGCGGCUGGUCCCAGUAUAAACUUAUCUAAUCUAAUGGGACGCGUUCAAAUACUUUGUUUUCAAACAUGUUUUUUGUCAUUUUACGUGGAUUUUAUUACGCUGAUGUGAGCUAGCAUGUGUGUUUUUCAGUUCAUUCGGUUUUAAAAGCACUGUCUUGGUUAGCAUUCAUAGUAUAGUAGUAGUAGCUGUGUAGAGGGAUGUUAUAAACCAUUUAAACAGAUAUAGAAGAUCAUAUUUGGAUUCCUCCAGUUCGAUGGCUUUUAGCACAACCGGAAGUAUCUAUGCACACACUCACUGGACCGGAAAGCCACGCCAGCGGAGAUAUGACGCUAGAUGCUAGCUGUAGUGUAAAGAAGCAGUGUGUGGUUAAAAGCGUGAUGGGUUUCUGUUCUUCUGGUGUGUGUCUGUCACAGAGAAUGGAUCGGAUGAUGUGGAAGGUGGAAUCCAGUCAGUGAAGAUGGAGAACGAGCCGCUCCUCGUCACUCAAGAGAGCUCCUCCACGUCCACAGAGAGCUCCAGCUCCACGCAGAAGAGCACAGCUCCAGGUGUGCUGAAGCGCAGACGCCCGUGUUGUGCUGCGCUGCACAGUCAGUAUCAGGGCUUUCUCGAGAGCCUGGCUGGAGCAGAGUCUCACCCGAGAGGAGCGUCUGGUGACCCAGUGCUGGCCGAACACGAUCCAUGGAGGCUCUGGUCGCUCAGCUGUUCUCAGGCUUGAGGAGCCUCCUGCCCCCGUCCUGUGCCCAGACAUCAGCCCUGCACAGCCACACUCCUGAGUCCUGAAUCACAACCUCACUCUUCAGAGUCUUUCUUAGGGGUCACUCUCACUAGUUCACUGCUUUAUUAAAGGUCCUGGAGUACUGGUAUAUCUAUAUAGAAGCAAUGAUACUCGGAUUUAAAAUACUGAUACACAGUUGAUGUUAUUUUGUCUUGUUUUAUUUGUUUUCAGUUAGCAGAACUGUUUUCCUGCUCACCACACGUUCCUUCACACACACAUCUGAGUUAUUUCACAAUUAACAAAUUGCAGUUGUAGCCUUGUUUGUGCAGUUACAUUCAUUUCAAUAGUUAAACAUUUAUAUUGAUCACGUUCUACCGUAAAGUUAAUAGAAAUCAUACACUGUCAGAAUAAAAAGGUUGCAUUUUAUUGAAAAUGAA